GGCCUCAAAACUCAAAGGGGCGGUGUUUAGACCUAAAAGGGAGUCGCCGUUGACACUGUAUUCGGAAGAAGAGGGCAAACUAUGGGGGAAAUGGCAGAGAAUGACGAGUUUUACCUGAGAUAUUACGUGGGUCACAAAGGAAAAUUCGGUCACGAGUUCUUAGAGUUUGAGUUUAGGCCUGAUGGCAAGCUCCGUUAUGCUAACAAUUCCAACUACAAGAACGAUACAAUGAUUCGCAAGGAAGUCUUCCUUACCCCUUCUGUUCUCAAAGAAUGCCGCCGCAUUGUUGCUGAUAGCGAGAUCAUGAAGGAAGAUGAUAACAACUGGCCAGAACCAGAUAGAGUUGGUAGACAAGAGCUUGAGAUUGUGAUGGGAAAUGAACACAUAUCAUUCACUACAUCUAAGAUUGGUUCAUUAAUGGAUGUGCAGACUAGUAAUGAUCCCGAGGGACUUCGUAUCUUCUAUUAUCUUGUUCAGGAUCUGAAGUGUUUUGUGUUCUCUCUGAUCUCGCUCCAUUUCAAGAUCAAACCCAUUUAACUAGUUCUUAUGGCGUAUGCUAAACGUUAGCUGGAUGUGCUCAGCCUCAUGUUUUGAAUGUGUUGAAUCGUGUAUCCAAAGAGAUGGUGCCGUUUGAUGGUGUUGUGUUUUUUUUAAAUGUGUGGACAAGUCUUUGUAGACCUUUGUUUUUGUGAGUAAAGAUAACUGUUUGUGUGCUCUUUACCAUCA